AUGUUUCGAGAGGGAAAGUUAUGUCUUCGUGAUACAGCGCUCAUCGAAGACUCGAUUCGAAUAGAAGAAGAGAUUAAUGCUCAUAGAGAGGAGAAGAUUAAGCUUUUGGAGAGGAUUCGAGGUCAAGAAGAAGAUCUACAAAUAGCUAGUGAAAAUAAAAGGAAGCUGAAUGAGAAAAUCGAGGAACUGCAGAAGGAAUGUACGGAACUGAGAGCUCCUGUAGUCGUGUACGAAACUCAGGCAAUGCGCUUAACAGAAGAGGAGCUGCAGAAAAAAAGAACAGACGAGACACGUUAUUAUACAGAGCUCAUCAAUAAGUCGGAUCGGCAAAAACAACAGAUGGAGAAAGAUAUUGAGGAUCAUAAAAGGGAAAAUGUUAAACUUUUGGAUAGAAUACGUGCUAAAGAAGAAGAGAUACAAAAAGCUAGGGAAGAGGAAGGCAAUUUAAAGAAAAGAAUUGAGGAACUGGAGAAGGAAUGUGAUGACCUGAAGCUAGAAGAAAAUGUUAACAAGUUGGAAGGUGACAAAAAAAAACUGGCAGAAAAUGCUGUAAAGUUGGAUGAUGACAAAAAGAAGUAA